AGCACACAAUCUGAAUCAGCUACAGACUACGUGUUGGAUGCAUGCAUUUGGAGGUACGGAAAAAUCUACAUAAGAAUGAGUCCUCGUGUAGAUGGCCCGGAGCAGCCAUUUUCGCACAGCAAGGAAUGCUUUUCAUCAUCUUCGUCUCGACAUAGUACAGAAGAAACAAAGACGAACAUGCAGGCCGGUGCGGAUUAUCCGGACCAGCAUCCAGUAGUGGCAGAGGCGGAUGGUAAUCACGUAGGAAUAAAUUAUCUUCCACCUGCCGAUGCUCUUUUACACGUGAUCCAAGCAGAGCUGGCGCAGGCGGUUUCGCAAACCAUGCUGCGCUCUCCUGCUGAAGUAGACCCUUGUUUCUACCACGGCUGUGCUCCCGGCAGGACAACAACUUCUCUGUCGUGUAGUAGUGCGAAAACUCCUGCUGCUGAACAGACUGAUGAAGAUGACAACUACAGCAACUACGGCCACAGUAAAAAUUAUCCAGGACCACGUAGUGGUGGUUCUCGCGUUGAUCAUUCUGCAGCGCCGUCUCCUCCUUCAUCUGCAGUCACGACCGCAGCUUAUCCCACAGAAAAAAGCUGCAGGGCAUACUUGUAAUGCAAAAAUACAUACACAGAACCAGAGUUCUUGGCCCCACAGCAUGCUGUUUAAGUAGGAUAUGCAAUACAGAUUUUUUUCGUGUAUUUACUUUCGCAUUACAAAUUAAUAUGGCGAUGGCCUGCCUGCUUUUUUCUUUGUGAUACAGUUUCAGCGCGCCAGCAGGUCCUGGACGAGCUGGCUGAGCAGCUUUGGUAUCAAAUGCAAAAAUGUCUGGGUCUGGAAGGUUGCCAGGUUUGUCAUGCAUAUUUUGCAUGACCCACGAUGUCUGUAAUGCAUGAUCUAGCAUCACAGAUUUUUAGAGGGCUUCCUGAUGCCUAUUUCGCAUGAAAAAUGCCCUCCCCGCGUAGCACAAGCUGGGCUCCUCUUGCUGGUCAUGCAAUACAGAUUUGUUUACAGUCCAACGGUAGCAUCACAAGUUCCAACCUUCCAGACCUAGACAUGUUUGCAAUGCAUAUUUGGAAGGCACCGGGGAUGCGGGACAAGCUUGCGCCGCUCGUCGAGCGACAUCGAAAGUGGCGCGAAAGAAGAACGACCCGGAAUGAAGAUACGAAUUUGUUGUGCGGGAGAGGGAAGGAUGAAAUUCGCCGUGCGAGGACUGCAAGCCGUGGAGGGGGAGCAGAUGCGGAGGAGAUCGAAAUUAGUGUCGAAGUUGCAUCACUUGCGGUUUCGUCUUCUUCAAAUGGGGCGCUUAUUUCCUGAAUGUGAACAACAGUACUGCUACCGGUCGAAAAAAGAAGCGCCUUUCGUGAGGAGAUGAGACACCAGCUGGAGUUCCAUCCAUCGCUUGGACAGAUUUUGUUCCUAGGAGGAGUUGGAGGAGGUGUCACUCAUUUUUGGCAAUAAGAAAGUAGUAGUUUGGAAAGUUCGGUAUCGGUAUAAAAUUUUGCUUACGUUGCUGUGAAUAUUUGUUCCGAGUAGUACUUUUUUAGCUAUUAUAACAGAUAAAAAUAGAUGAAAUUUUCGUGUUUCGAUCUUGCGUGCAGCUUCAUUGUUGUUUGGGUUAGAAGAAGCAUCUCUACGAUUGGAUCCACGGCUCAACAAGAUUAUCUUGUCUGCAGAUUUUUUUGCAAGAUUUGGUUUGGAUAUAGAAGCGGACAAGUAGAAGAGCCUCAAAUGAACUGAAGUUUCCUCAAGUACUUGCUAAAGAUGGUUAAGCAGCAUCACCAUGCAGCGCGGUACGCUGCUGAAAAUAAAUCAUCCGUUGCGCAAGGAGAAAACCCUCUUACAUAAGCAUAAGGAUAAAUCAGAGCAAGCAAU